AUGUUUGGAAUCGUAGCAUUUUUCGCCGCUCUUGUCGGAGCCUGCCAGGGCGUCAACUUUGACAUCGCGCCCUAUAACACUUCUGUGGAGAUCGGGAGCACAGCCACUAUGGCAUGUAUCGUCAGCAACCUCGGAUCCGACAGUGUCACGUGGAAAAAGGUGUCUGGUUCCUCAACGACCACCAUCUCCCUGGGUACCCAAAUUCUAGCCAGUUCCACCAAGUACUCCAUUGUGGGAACGUACAACUUGACUAUAUCCAAUGUGGCGUCAGAUGAUAUUGCAUUAUACCAGUGUACUGUCGGCUCCACUACCCAGGAAGCCUAUCUUCUGUCAGUCGUUCUACCUACAAAUGUAUCUGUCUACUGGGAAAGCUCUCCAUCUGCUGGGUCCACUGUAAACCUUACAUGUAAGGCUACAUAUGGAAACCCACCUCCCUACCUUCGCUGGUACAAAAACGAUGUGGAUUUCACACAAGAUGCUUAUUACUACACUGAAAAUACACUCUCCAGUGGGUAUGGUGACGCCAAGAGCUCUGUAGCCAUUGACCUGGUGUCUACUGACCAGGACAAGCUGUUCCGUUGUGAAGUUCACUUUGAAGGCUGGUAUCGGGCUAUGGAGUAUACUCUACAGACACAGCUCAGUGGUAGCAGUGCUCUAAAGAGUCAGGGCAUCCUAGCCAUCUUAAUGAUAGCAGCAAGUGUUCUCUUAAGGAACAUGUAA